AUUCCACAUUUCCGUUCAGUUCUGAGGUCUCAAGUCAGGUCCUAAAAUGGUGGUGGCCUCGUCUCUUGCCGUCCUGAGAGCCUCCAGACUGUGCCAACUGGGCCUGAAGAGUUGCGCCCGGUUUCUGGGGCCUCCACAGCUGAGCCCUGGUAGCCCGGCCGCUUGGAUCCCUGUUCGGAUGGCGGCGACGGUGAGCGUGGAGCCCGCGGGCCCCUCUUGCUGGGACGAGCCGCUGCGCAUCGCCGUUCGCGGCCUGGCCCCCGAGCAGCCGGUCACGCUGCGCUCGGCCCUGAGCGACGAGAAGAGCGCGCUUUUCCGCGCCCACGCGCGCUACUGCGCCGAUGCCCGCGGCGAGCUGGACCUGGAGCGCGCGCCCGCGCUGGGCGGCAGCUUCGCGGGGCUCGAGCCCAUGGGGCUGCUCUGGUCCAUGGAGCCCGAGAAGCGCUUUUGGCGGCUGAUCAAGCGGGACGUGCAGACGCCGUUCGUAGUGGAGCUGGAGGUGCUGGACGGCCACGACCCCGAGCCGGAGCGGGUGUUGACCCGCGCGGUGCUGGAGCGCCACUUCCUGCCGCCGGGGGUGCGGCGUGAGGCGGUGCGCGCGGGCCGGGUGCGGGCCACGCUCUUCCUGCCGCCAGGCCCCGGGCCCUUUCCUGGCAUUGUGGACAUUUUUGGCGUUGGAGGUGGCCUUCUGGAGUACCGGGCUAGCCUGCUGGCUGGGAAGGGCUUCGCUGUGCUGGCUCUGGCGUAUUACAACUACGAGGACCUCCCCAAGGGCCUGGAGACCCUCCACCUGGAGUACUUUGAAGAAGCUGUGAACUACCUGCUCAGUCACCCUGAGGUGAAAGGCCCAGGAAUUGGACUCCUGGGAAUUUCCAAAGGGGGUGAGCUCUGUCUCACCAUGGCCUCCUUCCUGAAGGGCAUCACGGCCGCCGUCAUAAUCAAUGGAUCCGUGGUCAUUAUUGGGGGAACUUCACACUACAAGGAUGUGACCCUGCCCCCCAUAGGUCCCAACAAGAGUCGAAUCAAGAUGACCAAAGAUGUGAGGAUGACCACAACUGGAAGAGCGAGUUCUAUGCCAAUGAGGCCUCCAAGCGCUUACAGGCCCAUGGGAAGGAGAAGCCCCAGAUCAUCUGUUACCCUGGGGCAGGACACUAUCUGGAGCCCCCCUACUUCCCCUUGUGCCGGGCUUCCCACCACGUAUUGGUGGGUGGGCCUGUCUUCUGGGGAGGGGAGCCCAGGGCUCAUGCUGUGGCCCAGGUGGAUGCUUGGGAGCAACUGCAGGCUUUCUUCCACAAACACUUGGGUGGUAAGAAUUAGCAAGACUCCCUGGAAAAAUAAUCCAUCCAGUUUGAAGACUGUGAGGGUAAAAUAUAUUCUGAUGACAUCAGUCUGGUUUGUUCAUAUUAGUUUGAAUCUAUUACUAUAACAGGUUUUCAUUCAUUUUUGUUUCCAUAAUAUUACUACCAAAAAGUUUCUAUCUAAUAGGGAUAUUUUGAAUGAAAAGAGUCAUAAGCAUAAGGGCUGGGGUUGUUGUGUAGCAAGUGGGGCUACCACCUGGGAUGCUAGCAUCACAUAUGGGUACUGAUUUGUGUCCUAGCCUAGGAAUAGUGUCAGAAUAUGCCCACAUGUUUGACCCCCUGCAACCUAUAUGGGAGACCUGGAAGAAGUUCUUAGCUCCUGGCUCCUGGCUUCAGCCUUGCCCAGCCCUGGUUGUUGCAGCCAGCUGUGGAGUGAACCAGCAGGUGGAAUAUCUCUGUCUCUUUCUGUAACUCUAACUUUCAAAAAAAAAUAAAUAAAUCUCUUUUUA